UCCUUUCAUUCCUCCCUAAUAUAAAAUUAUUAUUUCCCCCAAAAAAAUUUUAAAAAAAACUAUAAAAUGGUCAUGGUUCUGGAGUGUUCUUGAGCCUCUAAACCAAAAACAGAGACCCCCCUGUUUCCCCUUUGAUCGCCUUCCAUUCUUCUCCCUUAAACCCUCCGUCGUUCGACAUGUCGUUCUCAUUCAUCAACAUGAAUGAUCGUUCCGAUUCUUCGUUUUGCAAGUUCCGAUUUCUGUAAAUUCGUCGACAAGAAAAAAGAAAACACCUCGAAACGAAACGUUGGCCGAGUACUCUGGUUUGAAGGAAAUCAAAUGGCUGGUGAGAAACAGAAAAACGACGAUCUGUAUGCCGUUUUGGGGUUGAAGAAGGAAUGUACUGAAGCCGAGCUUAAAAAUGCGUAUAAGAAAUUGGCUCUGAGAUGGCAUCCGGAUCGGUGUUCGGCUUCGGGAGAUUCGAAGUUCGUCGAAGAAGCUAAGAAGAAAUUUCAAGCUAUUCAGCAAGCCUAUUCUGUUUUAUCGGACGCCAACAAACGGCUGUUGUACGACGUUGGAGUUUAUGAUAGUGAUGAUGAUGAUGAUGAUAACGGCAUGGGAGACUUCUUGACCGAAAUGGUUGCCAUGAUGGACCAAACCAAGCCUAACGAAAACGGAGAAGAAAGCUUCGAAAAACUGCAGGAACUAUUCCAAGAAAUGUUCAACGACGACAUGGACGGUUUCGGACCAAACUCACCGACAAGUUACUUCUCGUCUUCGUCGUCCUCGUCCUCGUACUCCGAAUGUUCGACUUCCAGCAACAAGCGAAAUUCUUCCGAUAUGAACAACCUAAACUCAUUCCAGGCUCACGUGCACAGCUUCUCCAUGGGGCCUAAAUAUGUGAUUGGAAAAAAUUCAGAGAGGAGGAAAAGGAGGAGAAGGGAGCAGAGGCAGGAAUUGGCGGAGGAAACGUUAGAAGAGAAAAAGGCAAAGGCAGACAACAGAGGAAUUCGCGGAUUUACGACAUGUCGUCUAUCCCACAGAAGACAGUGAGGGUGAGAUUGGCAUUAUUGUCCUUCAUAUUCUUCAGCAAAAAUAGUGCUGACGUUAAUCAAUCGAAAAGGCAACGACAUUGGCAGGGCAACCAUAUACAAUUAUGACCCCUUUUCUCCCAUAUACAAUUAUGACCCCUUUUCUCCCUAAACAAUUUUAUUUCUUGUUUAGGCUUAUUAUAAGUAAUUAUUUAUUUAGAAAAUCGCCAAUUUUUUUUUAUAAAAUGUUAAGUCAUAUUUAAUUUACUUGUAAUGAAUGCAUUGCCUCCAUCUUUUUUGGUCUCCUUCCAA